GGUUUUCUUUCUGUGCAGAUGGAUUGAAAAUCAUCUGGAGAAGAAGCACACAUUUUACAUGUGAAACUGUUCGCUUCAGAAUUAAAUGGAUUAUAUGUCUUGAGUGAACGCGUUUCUGUAUAAUUUCAUUUAGACCACUAAAUACAGACCAUGCCUAGCAGAAUGGGUUCAAAAAUGGAUUUGAACAAAGACUUCAUCAGAGUGAAAACACACUAUAGCGGGGACAUCCUGAUAACAAACUUGGAUGUAUCAAUGAGCUAUGAUGAGCUUUGUGAUGAAGUACAUGAGAUGUGUAAUUUACAGCAGGAGCAGCCAAUUACCCUCAAGUGGAUUGAUGAUGAAGGUGACCCAUGUACCAUCUCCUCUCAGAUGGAACUAGAAGAAGCAUUCCGUUUAUAUUGUCAGAACAGAGAUGAAGGGCUGAUUAUUCAUGUUUUCCCAAGUAUUCCAGAGAAACCUGGCAUGCCUUGUCCCGGAGAAGACAAGUCAAUCUACCGCCGUGGAGCCAGAAGAUGGAGGAAGCUGUACCGAGUGAAUGGGCAUUUGUUUCAAGCCAAACGUUUUAACAGAAGAGCAUACUGCGGCCAGUGCAGUGAAAGGAUAUGGGGUCUGGGAAGGCAAGGCUACAAGUGUAUCAACUGCAAGUUGUUGGUCCAUAAGCGUUGCCAUAUACUUGUUCCACUGACCUGCAAAAGGCAUAUGGAUUCGGUCAUGCCUUCCCAGGAGCCUCAGUUUGAUGAUAAAAAUGAUGAUGUUGGCCUCCCUUCAGAAGAAACUGAUGGAAUUCCCUACAUUCCUUCAAACCGGAAACAUGACAACAUUAAAGAUGACUCUGAGGAAAUCAAACCAGUCAUUGAUGGAAUGGAUGGAAUUAAGAUUUCUCAGGGACUUGGACUACAGGACUUUGAUUUAAUCAGAGUUAUUGGACGUGGAAGUUAUGCCAAAGUUCUUUUAGUUCGGUUAAAAAAGAAUGAUCAAAUUUAUGCUAUGAAAGUAGUGAAAAAAGAAUUGGUCCAUGAUGAUGAGGAUAUUGAUUGGGUACAGACAGAGAAACAUGUGUUUGAACAGGCAUCCAGUAACCCAUUCCUAGUUGGUUUACAUUCAUGCUUUCAAACAACAAGUCGAUUGUUUCUUGUCAUAGAGUACGUAAAUGGGGGAGAUCUUAUGUUUCAUAUGCAACGGCAAAGGAAGCUUCCUGAAGAACACGCAAGGUUUUAUGCUGCUGAAAUUUGUAUUGCUCUAAACUUCCUUCAUGAAAGAGGCAUAAUCUACAGAGAUUUAAAACUAGAUAAUGUUCUUCUAGAUGCAGAGGGUCACAUCAAAUUAACAGAUUAUGGCAUGUGCAAGGAAGGUUUGGGCCCUGGUGACACUACAAGCACUUUCUGUGGGACACCAAAUUACAUUGCACCAGAGAUCCUCAGAGGAGAAGAAUAUGGGUUCAGUGUGGACUGGUGGGCUCUCGGCGUGUUGAUGUUUGAAAUGAUGGCAGGAAGGUCUCCAUUUGAUAUUAUUACUGACAAUCCAGACAUGAACACCGAAGAUUACCUCUUCCAAGUUAUUCUCGAGAAGCCAAUCCGGAUUCCAAGGUUUCUUUCUGUCAAGGCUUCCCAUGUGUUAAAAGGGUUUUUAAACAAGGAUCCCAAAGAAAGGCUUGGUUGCCAGCCACAGACAGGAUUUUCUGAUAUCAAGUCUCACACAUUUUUCCGCAGCAUAGACUGGGAUAUGCUGGAGAAGAAGCAAACCACCCCCCCAUUCCAGCCUCAGAUCACAGAUGAUUACGGUCUGGAUAACUUUGACACACAGUUCACCAGCGAGCCUGUGCAGCUAACCCCAGAUGAUGAAGAUAUAAUAAAGCGAAUAGAUCAGUCAGAGUUUGAAGGAUUUGAAUACAUUAAUCCAUUGUUGCUGUCAACAGAAGAAACAGUAUGAAGGAAUGACAUCUUUGUUGUGGACAGUGUGAAUGACCUUUAAAUUUAUCCUUAACCACAGUAUAUGCAUGCGAGGCUGGAGAACUGUACAUUUUGGACGGAGACCAAUGAUUUAAAAACAAGCAAACAAAAAAACCCCAACAAAUUGCUGCUGAAAAUCAAAGAAGAGAACAAUGAUUUUGGUGGGUGUCUUCUGCCAUUUGAUGAUUCUUAAGUUCUGCGCUUCAUUAAUGAAGGAAUUUGUAUUUUGUGCCUGUUUCAUGAAGGAUUGAGACGUUCAUUGCAUCCGUGGAAAAGGAGAUUCUGCAAAUCUUUUGAGACCCACACACUCCCUACAAACGCUUGAUGCAAUGAGCUACCAAUUGAAAGAGUAUUACAGUGUAACAUCCUGAAGAAUAAAAUACAUUACAGUGGUGUUGAACCUUA